AUGAUGACGCAGCCGCUCCGGUUAGAGAUCAAGAGGAAGCUCGCGCAGAGGUCGGAGAGGGUCAAGUCCGUGGACUUGCAUUCCACGGAACCAUGGAUCAUGUCAAGUCUUUAUUCUGGCAGCGUCUGCAUCUGGAACUACCAGACUCAGACAAUGGUGAAAUCUUUUGAAGUCAGUGAGUUACCAGUUCGUUCGGCUAAAUUUAUUGCACGGAAGCAAUGGGUUGUGGCCGGUGCCGAUGACAUGUUCAUCUGUGUGUAUAACUAUAAUACCAUGGAUAAGGUCAAGUUGUUCGAAGCUCAUACUGAUUACAUCAGGUGUGUGGCUGUUCAUCCGACCCUGCCGUAUGUGUUGUCAUCAUCAGAUGACAUGCUUAUAAAGCUUUGGGACUGGGAUAAGGGUUGGAUGUGUACUCAAAUUUUUGAGGGCCACUCUCACUAUGUCAUGCAAGUCACAUUUAACCCCAAGGACACAAAUACUUUUGCGAGUGCUUCUCUUGAUCGUACUGUAAAGAUUUGGAGUCUUGGUUCUCCUGAUCCUAACUUCACAUUGGAUGGUCAUUCAAAAGGUGUCAAUUGUGUUGAUUACUUCACUGGUGGUGACCGGCCAUAUCUAAUUACAGGCUCUGACGAUCAAACUGCAAAGGUUUGGGAUUAUCAAACAAAGAGCUGUGUUCAAACACUUGAAGGACAUGCACAUAAUGUCUCUGCUGUAUGUUUCCAUCCUGAGAUUCCAAUAAUAAUGACAGGUUCAGAGGAUGGAACUGUUCGCCUAUGGCACUCCACUACCUACAGGCUUGAGAAUACACUUAACUAUGGCCUUGAACGAGUUUGGGCAUUAGGUUACAUGAAGGGCUCACGAAGAGUUGUCAUUGGAUAUGAUGAAGGAACAAUAAUGAUUAAGAUUGGCCGUGAAAAACCUGUUGCUAGUAUGGAUAGCAGUGGUAAAAUCUUAUGGGCCAAACAUAACGAAAUUCAAACUGUCAAUAUCAAGGCAGUUGGUGCGGAUGCUGAGAUUGCAGAUGGAGAACGUCUGCCAUUGGCUGUGAAGGAGCUAGGAAGUUGCGACCUUUACCCACAAAGUUUACGGCACAAUCCAAAUGGGAGGUUUGUUGUUGUAUGUGGAGAUGGAGAGUACAUUAUCUACACAGCACUAGCAUGGAGAAAUAGAUCCUUUGGGUCUGCUCUUGAAAUUGUCUGGUCAACUGAAGGAGAGUAUGCUGUAAGGGAAAGCACAUCAAAAAUAAAGAUCUACAGUAAAAACUUUCAGGAGAAGAAAAGUAUAAGACCAGCAUUCUCUGCAGAACGUAUAUAUGGGGGAGUAUUGCUUGCUAUGUGUACAAAUGAUUUCAUUUGUUUCUAUGACUGGGCAGAGUGCAGGUUGAUACGUCGAAUUGACGUGAACGUAAAAAAUGUAUAUUGGGCUGACAGUGGUGAUUUGGUAACAAUAGCAAGCGAUUCAUCAUUCUACAUUUUGAAGUACAAUAGGGAUCUAGUUUCUUCUCAUCUAGAUGGAGGGGCAUCAGUUGGUGAGGAAGGUGUUGAAGAUGCCUUUGAAUUGCUUCACGAGAUAAAUGAACGUGUCCGUACUGGGUUAUGGGUCGGAGACUGUUUUAUAUACAAUAAUUCUUCAUGGCGCCUGAAUUACUGCGUUGGAGGAGAGGUUACUACAAUGUUUCACUUGGAUCGGCCUAUGUAUUUAUUAGGAUAUCUCGCUAACCAAAGUCGUGUAUAUCUUGUUGACAAGGAGUUUAAUGUGGUGGGUUAUACUUUACUACUCAGUUUGAUUGAGUACAAAACACUUGUGAUGCGUGGGGAUUUGGAACGUGCAAAUACUGUUUUACCAUCCAUACCAAAGGAACAACACAACAGUGUGGCACAUUUUCUUGAAUCACGUGGCAUGUUGGAGGAAGCCCUUGAUAUAGCCACUGACCCUAAUUACAGAUUUGACCUGGCUGUGCAGCUUGGAAGCCUCGAAGUUGCAAAGGAAAUUGCUAUUGAGGCACGGAGUGAAUCGAAGUGGAAGCAGUUGGGGGAACUUGCUAUGUCCACUGGAAAGCUCGAGAUGGCAGAAGAAUGUCUCCUUCAAGCUACAGACCUUAGUGGGUUAUUGCUUCUAUAUUCAUCACUUGGAGAUGCUGAAGGGAUAACAAAACUGGCAUCCAUGGCUAAAGAACUAGGAAAGAACAAUGUUGCUUUCCUUUGCUUGUUUAUGUUAGGCAAAUUGGAAGAAUGUCUUCAAUUGUUGGUUGAUAGUAAUCGUAUUCCAGAAGCAGCAUUGAUGGCACGAUCUUACCUUCCAAGCAAAGUUUCUGAUAUUGUUUCAAUAUGGAAAAAGGACCUUCAAAAGGUGAACUCCAAAGCUGCAGAAUCUCUGGCAGAUCCUGCUGAGUACCCAAACCUGUUCGAGGACUGGCAGAUUGCUCUCAAUGUAGAAGCUACCAUUGCUCCCAAGAGGGGUGUCUACCCACCUGCUGAGGAGUACAUGACUUAUGCGGAGAGGUCCAAUGAGAGCCUUGUGGAAGUUUUCAAAAGUAUGAAUGUGGAAGAAGUACCAAGUGAGAAUGAAGAUCCUGCUCAUGAGGUCAUUGAGGAUGAAGGAGUUGAGGAAAGUCAGGAGGAUGCUGUUGAAGUUGAACCUGAUGAUUCAAUAGAUGGCGGUGUCCUUGUGAAUGGGAAUGAUGGUGAGGAACACUGGGGGCUCACUAUCAAGUAUUAG